CUGAAGAAUGGAGGUGAAGGAGGGCAGAGUUCGUGUGGAGAUACUGAAAAGGUUGCGUGCCCCAUGAGGUCACCCAUGCUGGUCCUGUUCCUCCUCUUCAGUGCCCACGCUGCGGCCACCGCCAGAGGGGACUCGUGCAGCGCCACCACGGCGCAGCAGAACGGCCCCAACUCCAUCCCCACUGUGGACCCCAAACUCUUCGCCAAGCGCCAGUACCGCUCGCCCAGGGUGCUUUUUAGCUCUCAGCCUCCCGAGACGGAGCCAGCGGGGUCAGAGGGCGGCAGCCAACGGACCCGCCGGCGAGCGGCCCAGCCCCAGCACCGCGGGAUGUACUCAGUGUGUGAGAGCGUUAGCGUCUGGGUGGGGAACAAGACCAAAGCCACCGACAUCUCGGGCAACGAGGUGACGGUGCUCCCGGAUGUGAACAUCAACAAUGUCAACAAGAAGCAGUACUUCUUCGAGACAACGUGCCACCGCUCUCGGCCGGGCAGCACCGGCUGUUUGGGAAUCGACGCGAGACACUGGAACUCCUACUGCACCAACUCGCACACUUUUGUGCGAGCGCUGACUUCGUUUAAAAAUCUGGUGGCCUGGAGGCUCAUACGCAUCAACGUGGCGUGCGUGUGUGUGCUCAGUCGAAAGUCCUGGCGGCAGUGAAGACUUUUUCUCGCACAAGAGACUCACACACAAGCUCACAUGCAGUAUAAAGUAUUUAAUCAGAGCCAUUAACAUGCAGACAGCCGUGUCUCACCACCGAAGACAUCUCACUCUAUGCACAAAGUAAAUUAUUAAUAUGUGUCAAGGUAUCGGGACGGCAUGUAUACACACCAGACCUGGGUCAAAAAGUAUCUGCAUUUGGUUUGUAGGUAAGGUUUUUCAAAUAGUUACAGUAAGAGAAACAAACUCUGUGUGAGUAUUAGCUGUGACUCUUUACAGCAGCCCGAGCUUGAAGAGGUUUGCUGUUGUCCAUAUUGAUCACAGCUUUAAAACACUACUCUGAAAAUGCUCCGGCAAAACAUUCUGGGAGAUGAAUGUUUUCAUGUUUGACAAAUUUGAAAAAUGUACCUUUACCAAACAUUUUA